AUGCCUGUCUCGCCCCCCAGACCUAAAGCAGUUCCUCGAAAUAAUAGUUAUUCAUCCACAAUAUCUGCUCUUGACAUGGGAAUCAGUGAAGAGGAGUGGGAAAGGCUACAGAAGGCUCUGGACUGGCCCGGUCCAGAUGAAGAAAUCACUCAGCUGGAUCUGAGCACAAGUCCAGUCCACUCAACAUUCUCUAUUGUGGGACUCAAGGAGAGUUACAAAGUGGGAGAAAAGAUCUCCGUUACCAUCACAGCCAGAGACCACAACAAGAACCUGAAAAGAUAUGGAGGAGAUUUCUUUAAAGCAAAACUAUUCAAUUCAAAGCUAAAGGCGAGUGUGUACGGGGAGGUUGUGGAUCACCAUAAUGGGACUUACUCUGUUGCUCUUCUUCUGCCCUGGGAAGGUCAGGCACAAGUUUAUGUGCGUCUAGAGCACUCCAGUGAGGUUGUGCAGAUUCUAAAUAAAUACAGGGAGUCCUCAUUCCCACGCAGCCAGUAUAUUGGCCACUUUGAAGGGCCAGGACCCAAUAAAACCAGGAUCAGUGAAGUAGUACAAUGUAAUCUUAAGUGGGGUGCAGAUGGAAGUUGGAGGAAAGGCGACUGCUGCUGUGAGUAUAAGGAUAUAAAAACAGGGACGGUGUGGCAGUGUGAGAGACCGAAGAAACUUUCUUGUGACAACCUGGUUCAUCACUCAAGAGGAGGUUUGGAAGACCCGUUAAAUCCUCUUGAGAAGCAACUUCUUACAAAGGAAUUAACAACUGUGGCUAUUACUGGAGGCAAAAAAAUAAUAAAUGUCCUUCCCAACAAUGCAGGCAUUUGCACAAUGGAGAGAUGCAGAUCUGGCAUGACGACACCAGUUCCUGCAGGGUUCUAUCUGAAAGAUGUCUGGAAGUCUUUUGUUUGCAACACCAGGCAGUUCAGUUCUGCACAAAUGGGAAACUGUCUUAAAAAAAAGAUAGUCUACUUAAUGGGAGACUCUACCACAAGGCAGUGGUUUGAGUUUUUAGAAAGAAAAGUGCCAGUCUAA